CUUUUUGAGAAAACCAACAAACACCACUUCUUCCACAGUCUGGCUCUGCUCUGCGUCCCCCUCUGUAGCAAGCAGAUUUGGGCGGAAGGUUUCGAACGGAUCUGGAUACAGUUUACCCCUCCGGAAUUGAACAGCCGGAGCCCGCCUGGUACCUCCCGCAGUUCUGGGGAGUAGGGGCUGCUUUACUGUAAGCGGUGGAGAAGAGGCGUCCGAUUAGGGCGGAAGACACUCCUCACCGGACACAGACAUCCCUCUCCAUGGCAGGUUACAUACCCCCCAAAGGCUAUGCCCCAUCACCCCCAUACCCAGUGACCCAGUCUGCCUCAUAUUCCAAUCCUGCUCCUGGUCCAGGCCACAUUGUCAACCUCUUCCCUUCCCCUGGUCCUGUGGCCCCCCUGGAACCAGAACCAGUUACUGUUCCCUUUCUGCAAUUGCCUGGCGUCCCUUCCGGCCUGGAAUUCCUUGUACAGAUCGAUCAGAUCCUGAUUCAUCAGAAGAUUGAGCGGGUGAAAGCAUUUUUUGGCUGGGAUGUCUGUAACCGAUAUGAGCUACAUUCUGGAGCAGGGCUACCACUGGGCCAGGCAGUUGAGGAAAGCAGCUGCUGUGCCCGUCUCUGCUGUGGGGCUCGCCGGCCCAUGCGUAUCCGUGUGGCUGAUCCCAGGAACCGUGAGGUCCUGCACUUGAUCCGCCCUCUCCAUUGUGGGUCCUGUUGCUGCCCCUGUUGCCUUCAGGAGCUGGAAGUACAGGCUCCCCCUGGCACAACUGUUGGGCAUGUACUGCAGACCUGGCAUCCCUUCCUGCCCAAGUUCUCAAUUCAGGAUGCAGAUCGCCAGACACUGCUUCGAGUUGUGGGGCCAUGCUGUGCCUGUGGUUGUGGCAGUGACACCAACUUUGAGGUGAAGACUAAGGAUGAAUCACGGAGUGUGGGUCGGAUCAGUAAACAGUGGGGAGGCAUUGUGCCAGAGGCCCUCACUGAUGCAGACCAGUUUGGCCUCCAGUUCCCCCUGGACCUUGAUGUUCGAUUGAAGGCUGUGCUGCUGGGGGCAGCCUUUCUCAUUGAUUACGUGUUUUUUGAGAAGCCAGGAGAUGCCAAUCCGGGGCCCUCAGUCGUCACCAGUUAGAGGCUGUCCAUGUAAUCAAAGAUAGGUAUCCUGGCCACAGAAUUCCAAGACGUCUACCACCACCCUGGCCUGGCCCCAGGAUCAAAGAUGGCCACUGCCACCCUCCAAGAUGAUGGUGCCUUGAGGAGACAGAUCUAGGAGUGGAGGCUAGGGCACGGGUACCCCAAAGAGACUUUGAAAACCUUCAUUUUGAAGACUGAGGCUCUAUUCCCUACAAGGAGUAAAUACGAGAAGAAAUGCUGCGUGUGCUGAAUGCUAAGGGUUUUUGUUUUAGGCCCCUUCCUCUUUUGGAUCCUUCAACGUGACCCCUAACUCCCAGUGAUGGCCAUCACUACUUCUCAUUGAUGUCUUGCUCCAUAAAGAUUAUACCAUACCAUUCUCACUCCGCUUUCCCUGGUAGCCCUCUCCAUCCUUCUCUAUCCCCUGUUCUAUAUUUAUCCCCAGGCACUAGCCAUCUUCCCCUUCCCCUUAUUUACAUUUUUCUACCUCCUCUGCUCCCGAUCUGACUCCAUCCUAUCUUCCAGCAUCAUACUAUCAAAAGGAAAAAUAGAUGUAGUGGCUGAGGGAUUUUAUUAUAUCAGUAGCACCCCCCACCAAAAAAAAAUGCUAGAAUCGUAGACCUUUUUAAGUCUUCCUUUUACAAAUGAGGAAGCUGAGGUUAAGUAAAAGUAAAUUGACCAAAGUCACAUAGUGAAUUAGUACUGGGGGCAGGGCUCAAUCCCAAGUCUUCUGGCUGUUAGGCCAGUGAUUUUUUCCCUCUCAUUUUACAACAUACGUUUUCUUCCUUGGCCAACAUAAACCCAAUCCCCCUGGAACCCUUCUUGGACCCAUGGCACUUUGAGAGG